CUUUCCGCUGAGCGCAAGGGGAGGAGCGGCGGCGGCAGCGGCCCCGGUCGGAGCGGAGCGGAACGCGGCAGAGCUGCCCUUGCCGGGACCGGAGUGAACCGCGGAGUGCGGGUGACGACGGUGCCUCAGUGCCUGCCCCAGCUCCAGCCCGGCCCGGGCGCGCCGCGGCAGCCCCGGGCACGGCGGCUCCUUCGAGUCCCUGUGCGGGGCGAGUGCGCCCCCGAGCGGUGGGGCGCGGCGCUCUCCUCCUCUUUCCGCACCUCACCAUGUUGCCCUCGCUGUCCCCGCACCGCUCCGCCUGACGCGGGGACGGGGGUAGCCAUGCAGCCGGCGCUCCGCUAGGUAAGCGCGGCGCGGCUCAGCUCGGGCCGGAGCUCCGCGGUCAUCCCCUCAGCAGCGCGGCGGCACCAGCACCACCGGCACCAUGAGGAACGGCGAUGACUUGGAGGGCUUCGAUGGCGAGGCGUCUAGCACCUCCAUGAUCUCGGGGACCAGCAGUCCCUACCAGCCCACCACGGAGCCCGUCAGCCAGCGCCGGGGGCUCGGCGGCCUCCGCUGCGACCUGGACUACCUGCGGGGCACCUUCGGCAAGAUCAAGCUGGCCGAGGUGGUUUUGGCACUGAUUGCGUUCAUCUGCAUAGAGACCAUCAUGGAAUGCUCCCCUUGUGAAGGCCUUUAUUUCUUUGAGUUUGUGAGCUGUAGUGCGUUGGUGGUUACUGGAGUUCUGUUGCUUAUGUUCAGUCUAAAUCUUCACACAAGAAUACCACAGAUCAACUGGAAUCUUACUGAUCUGGUCAACACUGGACUCAGCACUUUCUUCUUUUUCAUUGCCUCUGUAGUACUUGCUGCUUUAAACCAUAAAACUGGAGCAGAAAUUGCUGCUGUGAUAUUUGGUUUCUUGGCAAUGGCAGCGUAUGCUGUGAACACAUAUUUAGCUAUUAAAAAGUGGCGAAUGAACAGCAGACAACAAAGUAGUCGGCAGACCAGUGAUUACAUACGUGCUCGGACAGAGUCCAGAGAAGUGGAUCAUCACCCUGAGAUUCAGCGUCUGGAUGCAUGAAAGCGACAUUCAAAUGGGACUGAAAAGGGAAAAGAUGUGCUUAACUCCCUCAUGGAAUAAAGGGUUUUGUCUUUAUUUAAAGAAGAAAAGGAAGAUCCCAUGGUGGCAAAGAAUGCCCAGCCCUGCAUAUGUGCAGAGGUGCAUUGAGUCAGAAGCUGUUGUCAUAAAAGCAGUAAAUGUUGGUCAUUCAAAAGAUCUGAUUAAGAUGUCCACAUAUAUAUACAUAUAUUAUAUAGUUUAUAUAAUAUAUAACAUAUAUAUGUUUUGAAGUAUGUUAUUGUUUUGGAUUAACUGCACAGUACUUUCCUUCCCUCUCCCAAGUGCAGGUUCUGAAUAUACAUGUUCUGCCACUGUUUCUUCACCUGUUGUAGACGCUAAGACCAGCACUGCAUGGGUUGGUUAAUAUAAGAAAGAAAACCACCAAAAGGAAAUCUAAUACAUGUGAAAAGGAAGUGAACGGCAAAUAGCAAUAAUUUUAACCAUGUUACGUCUAGCCAACUCUCUGUAUCCAUCUUCGUGCAGCCUCAGCAGUGCAAUUCAAUUCUUGUCUGCAAGAUCUCCUGCAGUUUCACUCUUGGUGCACUUAUACAGCUGAAAUGGACAACCAUAUCCCAUUUUUUUGUUUGAUGGAUGUAGUGUUGAGGUAGUUACUCUGUGGGUUACUCUGGAAUUGCCAUUCAUGCACAAGUUCAUGCAUGAAUUUGUGCAAAGUUAGCAAGUUUCUUGAAUGGUCACCGUAAUGCAUCAAAUGCAAGUAUGUGUUUUUCUGCAGAUGUUGGGAUACAUUCUACUUUUCAUUCCGAAAUAGGGAGAUAAAUAUGGUUGGAAGGUGGGGUAGAGAAAAGGGGGUUGAAGGGCACAGUACAGAAAGAGGAGGUUGUCAUCCAAUAAAUUUGCAUUCCAGCCAUAGAUUUUUUUUUUAAUUUUUUUUUUUAAUGCUUAACAUUUCUGAGGAGCCUGGGGUGAGCAAGAACCAGCAUGGACGUAUAAAGUGUGUUUCUAAGGUUUCAAUAUUGUUAUUCAUGCAAGGUAAAUAUUGUCCUUUUUGGAAGGUUGGCUGCUGCUUCUAAAAUUAAAACUGUUGGUAGUAGGUAAAACUGAAUUUUUAAAGAUUUUUUUUUUUUUUUUUUUUAAUUGGGUGUUUCUGCAAUUUUUCCCUUAAUAUUUCUAUGGAAAAUGAGUUAAUUGGAGGAUAAUAUGGUUGCAUUGGUUUGUUCAGAAAUAGUUUUACCUAACUGUUUCUUAUUUCAAUUGUACUUCCAGUGAAGAGGAGGAUAUCUUGUCUGGUCAAAACUGAAAUUCUGUAGUAGUUGGUCAGACAAAAUCAUAACUUUAUUAGGAAGAUGUCCAUUGAUAUUUUUCUGGACUUAUUUGAUUGGUGUUUUUUAUCUUCGUAGUGCAUUAUUUGGCAUAUGCAUGCAGGCAUGUUACAGGAAGAAUAUAUUUGGUGGAGAAGAUCUCUAGAGCUGGAUUCCUUUCUGGUAUAAGCUGCUGAGAUCUCUAAGAUGAGCAGAACUGUGUGCCCUGUCUGCCUGAAUUUAUCUCAUGCUUGACCUGAACACUUUUUGCAUUGUGUUCUUGUGUAGCUGUAUUCUUAAGUGGAUGAAUAGACAAGAGCAAACAGCAGUACGUGGCAGAUAGGUCACUUACAAAUGUGAAAACCAGGUUAUACUGAACAGUAGGUCAGUAGAAGUGCCUGGGCUUUUUUAAUACCGGAAUGAACUGGGAUAGCAACAGUUGUGAACCUAAUGCUGCAAUGUUUGAAUCAAGCAACAGAGAAUUACUUUGUGUGAAAAACUGGUGACAAAACUGAUGUCUUCUCAUUUUCAAUUUACUGAUGUCUGCAGUGCAUUUCACCUUAAUGGCUAAGAUAGAGAUCAAAAUUCAGAAAGAGAUACUAAUGAGGUUAAAGAAAGCUUGCAUUUUCUUAAGGACUAACGGUUUACCAGUUACUACAGGAACAUUUUCUUGUGCUGCUUCAAAGUCAAUGCCAAAGGGAACACCAAUUUAAAAAAAAAAAGAUGGAAUGGUAUAAGCCAAUGUCUGGUGUUGGGUUUAGAACAGAGACAUUUUACUGAGAUGGUGUCUCACCAGGAUUACUGUGCAUUUUGGAGAAGUAAAUAAAUGACAGUUGCAUGUUCAGUGUGGUAUGAAAUAACAAAGUUUGUUAUUGCCAGUGCAGAUGUUACAGCCCUGCUGUUUAUCAGCACUCUGCCUAAUAUUGGCGAAGUUUGCAAUGAGAGUUCAUGGACAGUGUCAGUGACUUAUAAGAACCUUUCAGAAUGUUGUCCUUCAGAAGAUCCAUGCUUUUAGCGUGGAAUCCUCAUCUGAAAUCAAGAAAUAGAAAUUAGGUGAUGCAUGGCAAAGGCUUUUCAUUAGGAGUGUAUCCUGUUUGCUGGAUAGCAAGGACAGAAAUGGUGCGUACCUUCCCUUCCUGUACUCUGUACCAGAAUCAACCCUUCCUGUGUUGAUUCUGGUUUUUUUCAGAGGAGUGGGAAGUCUCAUGCAUCUAUAAGCUUAUGAAUUUGGUCUCUUUCAAAUGCUUGCACCUUUUCAUGGCAACAUCACCCAGCUUUUUCUGGAGUGAGAUCGUGAAAAGCUUUUGUUACCUUUUAGCUGGAAUGGCAAAUGCAGAGUGAUAUUUCUAAUACAGUGUAAUACUUCAUCAUGUAGUAUCGUGUACCUGAAUGACCCUGAGUGAAAUGUUUCCUUCAGCUGAGAACAGAAGGCUGUUAUUUAUUGCUUACAUCAUGACUUGAGCUUAGCACAGCUUUUGGGUAGAAUUCAAAGAGAGUAUUAAUUUAAAAAAUGCUAUCUGAUACACUUUGUAAAACAAAAACAAAUGUAAUUUUGUAAUUUCCUUAUUUUGGGGACCAAAGACGAUUUUAGUCUUUUACAGUAUAUACUUUCUAAAAAUCUAAGUUAAGCAUGUAUUACUCUACGGAGGCAUUGCUUACUAUUUGGAUUAUAGAGAAGGGAAAAUUAAAUAGCUGUGAAAGACAACUGAAUUUGAAAUAUUAAGAUCAUUUAUAUAUAUACUUAGUUGAUUCCUCCCCCAGACUCAAUUUUACACAGUGUAUUGAAGAGGUAAUAUUUUGAGACUCUUACACAAACUGCAGUCAUAAUAAAAAAAAAUAACUUUGAAGGAAGAAAAUAGGGGAGAUAUUUUUUAAUUUGAAGCUUGCUUAGAAAAGUGACAUUAAAUUGCUUCUCCCAACCAGUUAGCCUGGUAAUUUGUGAGCACAUAGAGAUAAUUCUUUUCAGUCCUAGAGUGUGAUGUUUAUUUCCAUAAAGGGACUCAAAACCCACUGUUAAUAAAACUAAAUUAAAGUUAAACAGUUGAAACUUGUAGUAACAGGAUGCUCAAAACUGUAAUGGUUCUGAUUUGUCCUGUUUCUUCAAACUAAGCCCUGAGAUAUGCAAUCUCCAUGUAUUUCUGUGUGUAGAAGAAACUAAAUUGUGCAACCUAUGCACAACAGACAUCAAAGGACUAAACAGUAAAAUAUGAUUGGAGCAACAGCAUAAUAAUUGUUGUAUAGAGUUCUAGUAAGAUAUAUUUUCCUGUUUAUGCUGUGUAUGCUCAGUUUUGUCAGCCUUGGUUCAAAUUUCUCGUAGGUUCCUGUAAUGAUGUGCAAAGUGCCUACAAUAGGAGUUUCUAAACCCCAUAAUUAAGAACUGAUUUGACUGUUUAAUUGCUUCUUUGUAAAGUUGAUUCCUUCUUUCUCUCUUCACUUGUUCCUUUCAUUUUGUCUAUUCACACCUCAUCUAUCUUAUGUUUUAAUAUUUAAUUUAUUUUAAGCCUUCUUCAUUGAUUCUGUGUUGUGUCUGCUUCAACAGAGGGAAGAUAAGAAUACUGUGUCCUUUUGUUUAUAGUACUCUUCUCUUUCUUGAUAGCUUUUGAUGUUUGGGCUGGAUGUGCUGGGGGAAAUGUUAUUCUUUCCCCUGGGACAUUGGAAGCUAGCUGGCAUACGGCAUGUCCUUCUGUGUGAGCUUUUGGGUAGGAGCCUCAUGUUUAGAGUUUGAGAGGAUUAGAGAUCAUCUACCUCUGCCUUCUUUGAAAGACAAGAUACAGACUCUAGAGAUUAGGUGCCUGUGUUUCACUCUGUGCUGUUCAUCGUAGUCUUUGUGUUCAGAAGCAUGGCAUGAGCAAUGAGCUGUGUCUUGGAAGCAGCUUCUCAUCUUUUGCAUAUGUCUCUUACAUGUGCACUUAAAUCAGCAACAUGGGGUGCUUCUUCAUAGGCUUUGGUGUGUGUGCAUCUCAUGAUAUGAUCUAUAGUUUUUUCAUCUGUUUAUUUCAUUGUUGAUUCUAGAAAGAAGAGGGGAAAACUGGGGAAAGUUUUUCAGUCUUCCUCAGAUAACCUUAUUUUAACCUGCCUUCCCUGUGAAUUAUUUUGUACCAUAUGAUGAUCACUCAUUUCUAAUGCAUCAGACUUACUGCUUCUUAAAGUGCUGUGGAACACAGCAGGAGAUUUGACCUUCUACAAGCUGCAUGUCAACUGUUACGAGUGAAUUAACCAUUAGUUUUCCAUGAACUUUAAGGUCCUUAAACAAAUUCGGUAAUUAUCACCUUCGUGCCAUUUUGGGAAUGUGCAGGUACAGCAAAUGCUUAUCUAAUAUGUGAUUUUAUUAAUGUAACCCUUCUUCCUUAGUCUUUGUUCUGUAUCAUUUUCUUGUCUCAUGACAACUUUGUAAACUUUCCUACUUGUUCUUUUUUGUGAGGGGGAAAGGAACCAACCCACCAUAAGUAAGAAUAGUGUUUUGGGGGCAUAAUAAUGGAAAAAAACCCAAACCCACAAUUCAAGUAGUGUAGAAAACAUAUACUCUCCUACUCAGAUGAGAUACUGAACAGCUUUGUACAUGAAAAUCAGAGCACAAAGGACAGGGUUUAUGCUGAACGCUCUGGAUCCAAACAUCUUCAGGUAUUUCAGAUAACUAAAAAGGCAGGCACAAUCUGAUGAUAAAUUUGAGAUGUGAUAAAAAAGUGAGGAGAGAACCCUGAACUUGAUUGUUAAUAAUCUAGUGCUUUCAUAAUGAUACGUGAACAUUAAUAGUCCCCAGCCGCAGAUGGAGAGAUUGCUUCUGCGCUUUGUAGAGACACUCAAUCAGUAGUAAAAGUAGGUGUAGGAGGGUUUCUCUGUUCUUAACUCUGGAGCAGUGCUGGCUGCGUAAUACAGUUGGAGAGAUUCUACACCAGUGUUGCUAAUGGUGGAUCUUAAAAGCUGAGGUGUAUGGACGAAUCAGUGUGAUUUUCAAAUAACUUCUGCUCAGCUGUAGUGUGGUAGUUGAUUAGAGAGACCUGCAGGACAUAGGCACUGCACCACAAGGGCUCUAUAUGUCUAGAAGAAAGGAUAGUUUCAGAUUAAUUUCUACUCAGUCCCACUGAAGUGAGUAGAGCCAUCAAACAGCAUUUUCUGAAAACUGGGUACAUGGCUCUUGCUGUUUAGAGCAUAAAAUAAUGGAUUGUUUGGAGGACCAGCAAAGCUUAAAUCACCUGUGCAGAUAGAGAUCUUGUGUGUAUGAAUUUUAAUGGCAACAAAAGUAAGAAUUUAAAAACAAAACUGAAAUAGGUACAGCAGAAUGUUUGAAAAUACUUUGUUCAAAUUAUGCCAUAUUCCUCUUUCUGUUUUAACAGAGGGAUUGAUUAAAAAUGAAUUUAUACAAAUAUUCAGGAAGUCUCUGAAUGCCAUUUAAGCUCUUCCACGGUAUGUUGUUUUCCCUGUUAGCUGCUUGGCCACCUCGAUAGAUCUAUUUGGCAGGGUGCAGUGUUGUCCAACCUCAAAGGGUUCCUUUGUUGUUUUGGUCUUAUUUUUGCAUUGUCUUUUUAAAAUUUGUCUAUAAUUUAACCAUUCUAAAAAUAAUCUUUAAAAAAUCUGCUUACACUGUGAUUUAUGAUAGCCUUUAAUUUAGAGUAUACAACACAAUCUGAAUUUUCUUUUGGGAUAUGCAGCUUUCAAAAGUGUUCUUAUAUAUGCCCAGAAAUGAAAGUUGUCUAUUUAUCAUAAGAAUGUGAUUAGAUGAAGUUACCUAUCCAGAAUCCCAGUGCAGCUCUUAGAGAUGUGCUGGAUGGAUGAGUUAGAGAAAUUGCCUUUUAGUCUCUAUGGGUUAAUAAAUAUUUUUUUAUAACUAGCCACAGAUAUUCCUUUUUAAAUUAUACUUGGCAAACAGAAGAUAUUUAAUUUUAUAUACAAUAUACAUAGUUACCUUGAUUGACAUAUUUAUAACAUAGAGCUUUGUGUUUACUAUGAAGGUUUUAUCUGUAUACCAUGGACUUCAUGGGUAAAAUUUUAAAAAGCCAGUUAGCAUAUAUGGAAGGAUAUGGAAAACAUCUUCACAAAUUCAGAAUGAGGACUUAGGAGCAUUAAAAAAAGCAGUAGCCAGGUUGUAUUAACAGUGUAUCUGGGGUUUUUCUUAUUUUUUUGAUUGGGGCUGGUCCCUACAGCUAUUUUAAUAACAUCUGGAUGUGAGUAACAAUGAAAUACGACCAUCUGCCUCUUCUGACUGUCACAGACUGUUGUCUAGAAUAUGGGAGAUUUCAGGGUAUUGUAUUUACAAUUUUGCUUUGGACAAAUGUCUCAACAGACAUAUUUAAUUAAAACCUUCAUGUGUUUGGAAGAAAAUACCCUCCCUUAACUAGGCUGAUUUAUCACUUUUGGUAACCUUUUAAUCCCAAAAUAGUAUAGUCUAAAUACUUGUAGUAAUGCUACAUUUAUCCUGAUGUCUGCAGGUUAAAGUGAAUCUGGCUAGCACCCUUUUAUUACAACAAUUGCUACCUUCAUUUUUCUACUGUUUAUACUUUAAUCUUGAAUGUUUACCGGUUUCUACUUGUUGGAUAUUGUGGAGGGAGCACUACAGUUCAUCCAGCUUUAACUCAUGCAUCAUGGUUCUGGAGUAAGAAAAUAUUUUGAUUUAUAUAUUGUGGCCAAUUUAUUGCAUUUUAAAAUUAUUUCUAUACUUAAGACACAACAUUUAUGACAUAAUAUAACGAAUGACUUAGCUAAUCAUUAUAUCUGUCUAGGCUUACUCUCUUCUGUGUUAGUGUCACUUUGAAACUAUUUGUAUAUGUUGAAGUUUGUAAGGGUUCAGGAACCCACAAUAAAAUAGUAAAGUAUGUAUUUAUUUCUCAUAAUAGUGCUCAAUUUUGAUUUGAAAGUUGACACUUUGUAUGUCUUUUCACAGAAUUGUAAACAAAUACCGAGAAAACUGCUUCACCUAGGGUGCCUUCAUGUGUGGUAUAAAUACGUGUCAUUCACAAAAAGAGAGAUGUAAAUUUAUUAAACCAGUAAACACUGUUUUUGUAAUGUGAGUCACUAAUACAUCUCUGGCUUUGUUGUGCUUUG